UUGCUGAAGAAGCUCUCCUUUCUUUUUGUUUGUGUUGAAUGAAAUGCCAAAUCGAAAGGCGGGAAAAAAAUGGUGGGGAGGAGGGAAACCCAGGGGUAAAAUCGAGAAUUCGAAAUCAAAAUCAAUAACACAACAGCACUCUUCGCCCUCUCCUCCGGUGUGUACUACGCGCCGAGACAGAAAAACAUGAAGAUCGAAGCCAAAAAAUCCUUCAUCGAAAUCCAAGAUGACGACGACGACGACGACGACGACUUCCUUUCUCAGGUGGCGGCGGUCGAGGCCCACGCGCUUGCCAACAAGCGCCGGAAAGUCACGCUGUCCCAAAAUGCCGCCGUUCCUAAUUCCCGGGCGAAUCAUAUUCAGGCCAAAGACGACGCCAUGGUCGACGGUUUGUACACAGCGGCUCUCAAAGGAAACAAAACCCUCAACUUGCAGAGCACGAGCUCUCAUCCUGGAAGAAGAGUCAAGGUUGUUGCCACCGAAAACGACAACGUUUUUGGCGGUGACCAUCGAUCAAACGAUGGCAAUUCGUGCUUCAAAUGCGGCAAAGUGGGACACUGGGCCCGCGAUUGCGAUGCUACCGGAGGAGGAGGAGGGCAGUUUGGUAAUUAUGUUGGUGACCCGUCGAUUCCUGAGAAAACUUGUCCCUGUGGAUCAGGGACCUGUUUGGUUCUGACCGCAAAUACCGAGAAGAAUAGGGGUCGGAAGUUUUACAAAUGCCCCAUUCGACAGGAAAAUGGGGGUUGUGGCUUCUUUGAGUGGGUUGACAAUGCUUCUGGAGCCAAUUUCAUGGCCGGUGGUGAGGCCCAAAACAAUUAUGCAUCUGAUUCUUCCUACCCUGAUCUUCAAUGCCCCUGUGGUGCUGGUUUUUGCCUCAUCUUAACGGCAAAAACAGGCAAAAAUGCUGGCCAGCAAUUCUAUCGGUGUCCUUUAAGCCAGGGAGGUUCAUGCAAUUUCUUCAAGUGGUGCAAUGAGUCUACUGCAUCAGCUGGUCUUCCCGUCAGUGCCUCUAAGGUCCAUUAUAAUAAUGCAAGUGAUGAAAAAAACAAAAGCUACAGUGUUAGAACUGGUUCUUCCUGUUUCAAAUGUGGAAAGGAAGGGCACUGGGCGAAAGACUGUUCCAUCCCUUCAAUUAAUUCUUCUACUGGGUUCGGAGGAAGGUCUGUUUCAUUAGGAACAUGUUCCAAAUGUGGCAAGCCUGGUCACUGGGCAAGGGACUGUUCUUUUUGCUAGUCUCAGAAAUUUGUGGUUUCUCUUCUUAGCCCUUUAAUCAAGAAAUUUGAAAGAAAUACUUUGAACUCAUUGGCCUGAGAACAUAUUUACAUACUAAUACCUUAUUAGGCUUUGAUGAAACUAACCUAGGUUUUUUGUAUAUAUUCGGUCGGUCAGUUCCAUCUGAAUUUUGUUUUGCAAGUGCUGCAUCCAUGGUUUGAUUUGUGCAAAUAUUCAUGUCAAAUUUGUGUAUAAGGUGGGAAAGUUCUUUUGCAUUCUAAUUUUAAUUCAUAUAACAUUCCAGGCACGUUAAAGGGAUUGCUAGCUUUUUCUUUCUUA